GACAACCAACAGACAGCUUGGCUACCCCAACAUUGAAUGUCACAGUUAAAGUCCAUCCUACUCCAGCUCACCGCGGCUCUAUCACUCGAUACUAUCCCGCAAGCGAAGCAACUAGAAGCAACAUUAACCAUGUCUGACAGCACUGGCUCCUUAGCCCCAAAGUCAAACUGGAACUCCAUCAACCCGAAACCUGAGCCAGGUUACUUCCAAACCAUCCAGUACCCCUCAGCAGAUCACCUCAUCAUCCACGAUACCCUCUACGGCACCCACACCAUCACCGAGCCCGUCCUAGUCUCCCUCCUCCAGUCCCCCUCUCUCCUCCGCCUCAGCAGCGUCUGCCAGCACGGCAUAACCGGCCUGCUAGGCUUCACUCCCCGCGUAACCCGUCUCGAACACUCCAUCGGCGCAUUCCUCCUAGUCCGCAAGGUAAACGCCACCCUGUCCGAACAAGUCGCUGCCCUCCUCCACGACAUCAGCCACACGGCCCUCAGCCACGUGGUCGACUGGGCCGGCCUCUCCACACCCGGCAGCGGCAGCGGCGAGAGUUUCCAUGAAGUGCACAAGACGCGGUUUGUGGAAUCGACAGACCUCCCGUCUAUUAUAGCCCGCCACGGUUUUGGUCCAGAGGUCUUUAACGAAGGGUCUUUUCCGCUGGUUGAAUCCCCCGCCCCGCACCUCUGCGCCGACAGGCUGGACUACGCGCUCCGCGAUGCGGUGGGCUUUGGGAAACUUGACUUGCAAGAUGCGAGGAGAGUGUAUACCUCGGUGAUGGCAUAUCCAGACGCUACCACCUCCCCGCACCGCAUGCUCGUUCUCACAGAUCGGGACUUGGCAAUGACCCUGGCAAGAGCUUACCUUGCUGUUGACAGAGAUGUGUGGUCCAACCCGGCACAUAUUAGUGUCUAUCAGCGCGCGGGAAGGGUUAUUGGGGAUGCGAUCCGAUCUGGGGUUGUGCGGGAGAGUGACUUGUGGGGGCUGUCGGAUAGGGAGUUUUGGAAGGUGCUUAGGGAGGCGACGGAUGAGGUUGGGAAGGAGUCUAUGCGGAGGUUGGAAGUGGAGGGGUUGCCAGAGGACGAGAAUCUGGGGUUGCCGGUCGGGACUAAGGUGAGGACGUUGGAUCCGGAUGUUCUUGGUGGUGGUGGUGGUGAUGAUGAUGAUGAUGCGGAAGCCGGAGGACCUGGGGGCGGGUUGACUUGUCAGGCCUUGUCUGUAUGGUGUCCGGCCUGGGCUGAGGAGCGGACGGCAUACAUCCUGGCGAGGAAAAGAUUGCAGGGGAUUGAAUCGUCCUGAUUUCUUAAAGCGGCACAAAUGCCGUUGGGACUCUCUGGACUUAACGGCCUACUGCAUGUACUAGUAGGUAGAAUCACUUGCCUUCUCCUCCCUCCUUGGGCUAUCCAACACCUCGCACCCAUCCUCGGGGAUCCCCUUUCCGGGGUAAGCAAGUAGUAGAAUAGUCCCUGAGUUGAUACUUGACUCAUCUAGAGGGCAUCAGUAGUAGCCAGCCAAUGUAUAAGCCGAUGG